CUCGCGAGAUCCUGCGAGAGUAUCUCUGCAGCAACAAAUAGACUGCUAAAUAUAAAGAUUUAUUUGGACUAUCGUUGGGAAGACGCAGCUUUAUGAAGAUUAAUAACCAUGCUUUCUGCAAUGGUGUCGUAAUCCGUGAAUCGUGUGUCUAGAAUAGGUGUUUUCCAGGAUGCUGUUCAGACAUGCAUCUCGCCUCAUUCAGAUGGAACAAUUUAUUCCUUCGGAACCAAACACUUGAGCCCCGGAGGACACAGACGGAGAAAUCGAUUAUUUGGACGCGCGUGUUGGCGCAGGAAGCUAGGUCUCGUCUGUUAAAAACGGUGCACCAUGGACGUGUCCAACCACAGCUUCUUCCUGCUGCAGCAGCUGAACGUGCAGCGGGAGUUCGGCUUCCUGUGUGACUGCACAGUUGCCAUCGGUAACGUGUUCUUCAAGGCCCACCGAGCCGUGCUGGCGUCCUUCUCCAACUACUUCAAGAUGAUCUUCAUACACCAGUCCAGCGAGUGCAUCAAGAUCCAGCCCAGCGACAUCCAGCCCGACGUCUUCAGCUACCUGCUGCACAUCAUGUACACGGGGCUGUGCCCCAAGCAGACGGUGGACCGGGCGCGCCUCCACCACGGCAUCAAGUUCCUCCACGCCUACCAGCUCUGCCUCAAGGCCGGCGAGGGCGUGGUCGAGGGCGAGGGCGAGGCCGGCGACGCCCUGCGCAUGUCCAACCUCUACGGCAUCCAGAUCUCCUCCCAGCUGGGCGGGAAGGACGGCGCGGCAGGGCCCAAGGCCGGGGGUGGCGGCGCCGGCGGGUCCAGAGGGGGUGCGGGCGGGGUUCCGGCCGGUCUGUCCCUGGCGGCGGAGGGGGUGCCCACCUCCUCCUCCUCCUCGCUCCACCAGACGUCCUCCGGCACUGGCGCGCUCCACGCCGUGUCCUCGGUGGCGUCCGGCGGGGACGACUCGGACAUCAUGACGCACAUCAAGCAGGAGGAGCAGGAGGAGGCGCGGGAGGAGGAGGAGGAGGAGGAGGAGGCGCGGGGCCUGCUGAUGAAGGCCAGCCCGCUGGAGCUGCUGUGCCCACGCUGCGGGGAGCACUGCUCGUCCCCGGGGGGCCUGCGGGACCACCUGUUCAGGGCCUGCAGCCUGGCGGGGGUGGGGCCGGAGGAGGGGAUCCUGGAGGAGGAGAGCAGGGGCUCCCAGGGGCCGAUGGACGCAGGGUGCCUGGAGGAGGCGCUGAGGCAGAGCCAGGCGUUGGCCAAUCAGCUGGCGGCAGAGCUGCGACGGAGCAGAGGAGGAGGAGGAGGGGGUAGCAGCCCUCCGCCCGCGCUGCCCCCCUCCUCCUCCUCCUCCUCCUCCGCCGCCCUCAUGAUACAGUCCAGGAAGCGCAAGAUGGCGUGCGCCGUGUGCAGCGUGCGCUUCUCCCACAAGAGCGCGCUGCAGGAGCACAUGUACACGCACACGGGCAAGCCCUCGCGCCUGCACCGCUACAACCGCCUCUGCAACCAGAUCCUGCAGGCGGCCGGCCACUUCUGCCACGCCCCUGACGGAGGGCCGGGAGGGGGAGGGGUUGGGGGCGGGGCUUCGGAUGGGGGGGUGGCCGCGGUGAUGUCAGAGGACGUGACUCGGGACGUCCAGGACAACGGGAGUUCGUGCUACUCGCUGGACUCCGAAGUCUCCCAGGAGAGUGUGGACGUGGUGCCGGUGGAAUGACACUGGGCACUACCGCCCCCUACUGGUCGUUUGUCAGACGCUGUCACCGCGAAAUAUCAAUCACAAGAACGAUCACACGAUACAAUCAAUAGCCUACUGGAGAAGCUACAAACAACAGUUAUAGUGCUGCAUAACCUAGUUGUAAAAACAACAACUGGAGAGUGCAGGAAAGCUAUAGGAACAAAAAAAUACACAAACAAAAGUAAAUAUUUAAUUUGACUUCCCCAUAGGUACUGGGUUGAUUCCGCAAAUAUGCUUUAGCUAGAUGAUCCCCAUGACAUAUCUAUGUCUUUAGUGACCUGUAUCUGAAUUCACUUGAACUCCUUUUGGACGAAAGUGUCUGCCGCUAAGUGACUAACUGGUGAAUACUAGCACUACUGCCCCCUGCUGGAGACGGGACGCACAGCAGCUUUUGUGCCAGCUGAGGAUUGGUUUCUUGGAAACAGAAUACAUAUUGGAUAUACCUGUGUUGUUACUGAACAGUUUGCGUCAGAGUUCUGUCUCUCUGAUUGGGUGAGGUGUCAGUGUGUAUUGUUCUUAUCUGUUCACCAGCAUUGAUCUUUAUCUGUUUUUUAGGAAUGUGAAAUUAUUUAUGUGUAAAAAACAUUAUGGUCUUCUGCCAAUAGUUGGAAACCAGAAUAAAUUUGUCCAGGAACGACUGUUGGCCAAUAUUGGAUUGCUCUUUAUCUAUUUGUUUUUUGAUUUAGUUCUGCUUUAUUAAAAAAAUUCAAUCAUAAAGCAACAAAAUAAUGGAAAGAAUUCAAGAACCUUCCCUAAGCCCCGUUAGACUAGAAGUAUGCCUAAAGUUGAGACUAAAGUUAUUCUCUAAGGAUGAAAGAUAACCCUAAACCUGCUGCAAUCUUGGAUCCGAAUCAGUUGAGUCUAGAACCAGACAAUCAGUGUAAAUACUCUUGAGGUCCAAACCUCUCAAUCUCUGUACACAAUGAGCUGACUAAUGAGUUCAUUCCUACCUUUAAUUUAUUUCAUCUCUACGGUCACACCUCACAUUGCUCGUGGCUCAAUGACAUUAUGUGGAAUCCGAUUGAAUGUUCUCGUACCUUUACUGUGUUAGAUUCACAUCCUCAACGGGGCGUUUGAAUAUGUGUCGUGUGAUUUUUGGGAUAAUAUUGUGAGUGGGAUGUUAGUUAAAGAGAUUCGAGUUUCCUUCCUUUUGUCUAUUUUUUUGUCUUUUUGUAAAUAAAUGUCAUUUUUAUCCACAAAAAAGCUUCAGCCUCUUUUGAUUAGAUGAAAAACGAAGGGUUG